AUGCCUUUUAAAUGUUCUGAAUGGUCGGAAUUGGAAACAAGGCAAGGUUCUCGGGCUCAGGUGCGUGGUAGCCAGUGGCCAUCCAGCCUCAGAGGACUAUCGACUACUGAUAGCUCUACAACUUGUUUUGCGCCACCAAUAGCAGUCUCAAGAGCAGAUACCAAGUCAGGUGGAGCCUCUGCUAAAAUUCCCACAAAACCCUAUAAAAUGGCCAUAUCUGCUUUCCAACGUGCAGGUAGCUGGCUGCCAACGCCUAGAUAUCAUAAACCUUCACCUCCGCUAACGGUCUACCGAGCUGCAGACGUCAAACGCGUUGAUCCUGAUGUAAUUGAAGGUUAUUUGGGCGCCUAUAUCGAUGUGAUCAAGGUGGGAAGCCAUUUAGUAUUGGAUGAGCGUCAAAAAGAGGACGCAAUAAUGAAGCAGGUGGAUGAAGACGAAGAGGUGGUAAAUGAAAUAAAAAGCGAUUAUAAGGAGGAUUUGAGCAGGAGAGAUGAAGACAGUCAAAAAGGAAGCGAAGAAACAAAAGAUGAGAUGCCAAUGUUCUCAUUAAGAGAUGCUAAGUCUAGGCCUUUUGAGGCCAAUGUGAAUGAGACCCGAGAGGAAGAGAUUAUAGAGGAAGCAGAUGAAGUGAAGGACAUGUCGGCCGCAGCAACAGAUAGUUCUACCUGGCUUGAAGAGGCUCUGCUGGGAUACUACCGAUCUCACACCACUUGUGCACUUAUCGAUCCUGCAACCCGUCUUACUAAAGUAAGAUUUUCUUUUAUUUUUAUUUACACAUAUUCUUUAUGCAUCCUAUUCCCGAAGCUUAGAUCAAGAGCCUGCUUUUCACGAAUGCUUAACAAAUCUAAAGUCUGA